UUUCAUGACAGCAGCAGCAAGGAGGAGUCCACAAUACCGAUCAAUCUUCACACAAUUCCUGGAAUACACCCACCACAAAAACAUCCCACCCGGCAAAUCCCUUCACGCCCACGUCAUCAAAACCGGCUCCACCCACUCCUGCCCUUACGUCGCCAACGCCCUCGUCAACUUCUACGCCAAAUGCCAUCUUUUGCCCGACGCCCAUCGCGCAUUCUUAACCAUCCAUCACAAAGACAUCGUUUCAUGGAAUUCCUUAAUCAACGGCUAUUCUCAACUAACCGGCCGUCACAAUUCCAUCAUUGUAAUGCAACUUUUCAAACAAAUGAUGUCACAAGAUGUGUUGCCGGAUGCCCGAACUUUCGCAGGCGUAUUUACCGCUGCUUCGAAUUUAAUGGAUUCUGUUAAUGGGAAAGUGGUGCAUUGUGUUGCUGUUAAGUUGGGCAAGUGUGAGGAUAUAUUUGUUGGGAGUUCUUUGUUGAAUGUAUAUUGUAAAUGUGGCUUGGUUGAGGAUGCACGUAAGGUGUUUGAUGAAAUGCCUGACAGGAAUUCGUUUUCUUGGGCGACGAUGAUUUCUGGGUAUUCGAUGCAGAGGAUUUGUGGUGAGGCGUUUGGGUUGUUUAAGAAGUUGGUUUGUGAAGAAGACGAGUGUGUUAAUGAGUUUGUUGUCACGAGUGUUUUGAGUGCGUUUACUUUGCCGGAGUUUGUUGGAGUUGGGUCGCAGAUUCAUUGUCUUGGACUUAAACAUGGGUUGCUGUCUUUCGUGUCUGUUGGGAAUGCGAUUGUGACAAUGUAUUCGAAGUGUGGUAGCUUGGAUGAGGCUGUUAAGGCGUUUGAGUGGUCUAGUAAUAAGAAUUCGAUUACUUGGUCUGCAAUGAUUACGGGCUAUGCGCAGGGUGGGGAUUGUAGAAAGGCGUUGGGGAUGUUUAGUAAGAUGCAUUUGAACGGGUUGGUUGCUAGUGAGUUUACGCUUGUUGGAGUUAUCAAUGCUUGUAGUGAUGGUUUGGCUCUUGGGGAAGGAAAGGAGGCACAUGCAUACUCGAUUAAGUUAGGAUUUCAGUAUCAGAUUUAUAUAAUGACGGCUUUGGUUGAUAUGUAUGCUAAAUGUGGUUCCUUGGAUGAUGCACGAAAGGGGUUUGAUCAUCUACAAGAACCGGAUAUUGUGUUUUGGACUUCAAUGAUUAGUGGGUAUGUUCAAAAUGGAGAAAAUGAGGCCGCCAUGGAUUUGUUUUGUAGAAUGCGGAAACAAGGUAUCUCACCCAAUGAGCUCACCAUGGCAAGUGUGCUCAAAGCAUGCUCGAGUCUUGCUGCAUUAGAGCAAGGAAAACAAAUCCACGCCUCUAGUAUUAAACAUGGAUUUGGGCUUAAGGUUCCUAUUGGAGGUGCACUCUCCACCAUGUAUGCUAAAUGUGGAAGCUUCAAAGACGGGGAUCUUGUAUUUGCAAGGAUGCCAUCAAGGGAUGUUAUUUCUUGGAACUCAAUGAUUUCGGGUCUUGCUCAAAAUGGACAUGGUAACGAAGCACUUGAAUUGUUCAAUAAAAUGCAUAUUGAGGGUACAAAGCCGGACUAUGUAACAUUUGUAAAUAUUCUCACUGCUUGUAGCCACAUGGGAAUGGUAGAAAAAGGUUGGGAUUUUUUCAAUAUGAUGUCAAAUGAGUAUGGUAUCACUCCAAAAUUAGACCAUUAUGCGUGCAUGGUUGAUCUUCUAAGCCGUGGGGGAAAGCUCACCGAAGCAAAAGAAUUUAUCGAAUCAGCACCAAUAGAUCAUGGUCUCUGUCUAUGGCGUAUAUUGUUAAGUGCUUGUAGGAAUUAUCGUUAUUAUGAAUUAGGAGUCUAUGCUGGUGAGAAGUUAAUGGAAUUGGGCUCACAAGAAUCUUCUGCAUAUGUUUUAUUAGCUAGUAUAUAUAAGGCUUUGGCAAGGUCAGAAGAUGUUGAACGAGUUCGUAAAUUGAUGAAUAUCCGUGGGGUGAACAAGGAGCCCGGAGUCAGCUGGAUUGACCUUAAGAGUCACUGUAAUGUGUUUGUCGUUGGAGACCAGUUGCAUCCACAAAUAAAAGAAAUACGUUCAGAGGUACAUAGGUUAGGCAAGCUUAUGAAAGAUGAAGGUUACUAUCCUGAAUCUGAUUCAAAUUUUGCAGAUUUAGAAUUUUGAGAUGCUACAGUAGUACAGCACUACAGCUAGUAAGGAUUAUGAAACUUGCUAUCUGGUUGAGCUUUACCUUUUAAAUAUCUUCUUUUAAACUCAACAAACCGGUACAUAUUGCGGAUACACAUAUGUUAUCUUGGAUUAGAGACCAUUAUACAUAAUUGGUGAUCUGGGAAUCCUUGUUUCUCCAUGUGAUUUUUGUUUUUCUACACCUGAAAACUUGACGAAGUAAUGAAGCACAUUCAGUAAACUCUCCGUAAGUGAGCGCAUGCCACAUUCCUGGAUACAUCUUUAAGGUCUUGUCAGUACUAGAAGCAGUUUCGUAUAACAGUUUGCUCGUCAAGGGAUCGGUCACUUUGUCAUCCUCGCCAUGUGCAAUUAAGAACGGUAAUGUUACUUCUUUUAGCCUCUUUUCAAGGUCUACGGCGACAUUAAACAAUUCCAAAGCAGUUUGUAGGCGCACACGGCCUUUGUAGCAUAAUGGGUUCUUGCGAAUCUGUCACAAGGAAAUACACAUGCUUAAAUUCGUAACAGGGGAAACAGAAUUAUCGUGACAUUGUAUAGAGAUAUUUGAAGUUGAUUACUUCCUCUCUAAUUUUAGGAUCUCUAAAGGCUAGGUCAAUGAUAUCUUCACCAGGAACAACUCUCCAAGUUGGUAUGAACCUAGUAAGUUGUAAUAAAACACUGAACACAAUUUGUGGUGGUUUCAUAUUGUCA